GCACGGGGGCGCCCGCGCCCCGCGUCAGUCUGCCGGCGGAGCCCGACCGGCGCGCACGUCCCGCGUCCCAGCUCCCGCGAACUUCGCGAGUGUCGUCGUUAACCUACGUACCAUGAUCGCCCGUGCGCUGGCUGUGCUAGCCGCCGCGGCGCUCGCGCUCGCCGCCCCCGACCCCUGCUAUGAGGACGGCCGCCCGCGCCGAUGCAUCCCUGAUUUCGUCAAUGCCGCCUUCGGAGCCCCCGUAGCCGCUUCCUCCAUCUGCGGCCGCCGAGGCCCUGAGCGCCUCUGUGACCCUCCAGGAGAUGAUGAACCUGAGAACGCUUGCAGAGUCUGCGACGCUACCCGCUCCGAUCGCCGCAACCCACCCACUCAUCUAACCGACUUAAAUAACCCUUCUAACGUGACCUGCUGGCGUUCAGCCGCCCUAGCCCCUGUCUCCUACGAAUCCCCUCCCGACAACGUCUCUCUAACCCUAUCCUUGGGCAAGAAAUACGAGUUAACAUACGUGAGCCUCCAGUUCUGCCCGAAAGCUGCACGACCGGAUUCCGUAGCGAUCUACAAGAGCGCGGAUUAUGGGAUGACCUGGCAACCGUUUCAAUUCUACUCAAGCCAAUGCCGUCGUGUUUAUGGCAGGCCUAAUAAAGCUUCAGUGACAUCUGCUAACGAGCAAGAGGCUAGGUGUUCAGAUUCUCAUAGGAUGGCCGGUGAGAGCGCAAGCGGAUCUCGUCUAGCCUUUUCAACUUUGGAAGGCCGUCCCAGCGCUCCGAACUUCGACAUAUCGCCUGUGCUGCAAGACUGGGUGACUGCAACUGACGUGCGUGUAGUGUUUAACCGUUUGCACAUGGUGACUGAGGGUGACGAGGUGGAUUACAAGAAGCAGGCAGCGGGUGGGACGCAGCACUACGCUGUGUCGGAUUUCGCUGUUGGUGGACGGUGCAAGUGUAACGGGCAUGCUUCUAGAUGUGUUCCGAUGAAGGGGGAGGAAGGGCAGCAGCAGCUGGCGUGCGAUUGUCGGCACAACACGGCAGGCCGGGACUGCGAGAGGUGCAAGCCGUUCCAUUUCGACAGGCCGUGGGGGCGCGCGACGGCGAGGGACGCCAACGAAUGCAAAGAAUGCAACUGCAACGGCCACGCCCGCCGCUGCCGGUUCAACAUGGAGCUGUACAAACUGUCGGGCCGCGCCAGUGGCGGUGUCUGCCUCAAAUGCAGGCAUUUCACUGCCGGGAGACAUUGCCAUUACUGCCGCGAGGGGUACUACAGAGACCCUACUAAACCCAUCACGCACAAGAAGGCUUGCAAACCAUGCGACUGCCAUCCAGUGGGAGCGAGCGGCAAGACCUGCAACCAGACGAGCGGGCAAUGCCCGUGCAAGGAUGGCGUGACUGGCACGACUUGCAACCGAUGCGCCAAGGGGUACCAGCAGUCCAGGAGCCACAUCGCGCCCUGCAUACGUAUCCCUCGAGUGGUGACAGCAGUACAGGCCAUGGAGGCAGUCGACGGGGAGCCGGCGCGCGCGGCGGAUCAGUGCGGCCGGUGCCGCGCCGGCGCACGCACGCUAAACCUCAACAAGUUCUGCAGCCGAGAUUACGUCAUAAUGGGCAAGGUGGUCGGGCGCGAGGCGAGCGCGCCGGGAGACGAAUGGGCGCGGCUGCAGCUCAGCGUGCAGGCGGUGUACAAGCGCGGCCCGCGGAGCCGUCUGCGGCGCGGCGCCGCGCCGCUCUACGUGCGCGCCAGGGACCUCGCAUGCAAGUGCCCGAAGCUCAAGAUUAACAAGUCAUACCUAAUCCUAGGAGUGGAAAAAGAAGGAGCCUCAUCAGGAAUGCCAGGGCUGACGGUCGGCGAUCGGACCCUGUUGCUGGAAUGGCGCGACGACUGGCACCGACGCAUCCGACGUCUGCAGCGCCGGGCUAUCAACUGCCACUAAUGUUGCAAAUGUGGCCAACUUCAGGUCUCGCAGAACCUUGAACAGCGAAUAUGUCGAAUCAAUAGCGGUGCGCGGCCGCCAUUUUGUAAAGCAUUCACGACGCCAUCUUGGCGACGACUGUAAUAACUUGUUUGACGUUAAGUGGUAAGUAUUGUCCGAUUGUAGUUUAUCGCCACUACCCUGUUUUGCGUAGUAACUUUUAAUAUUCGCCAGUUUUCACUCAUAAUUUUUAAUACCAAAAAUAUCUUAAAUCGUCUUUUCUACUUCCUAGGGUUACGUUAUAAAAAUGUACAUUAAAAGAUUUAUUUAUUUUACUAAGAUAGGGCUACCGAUUGUUUCGUUCCAUUACUUGCAUUUUUGUAUAAUUGUUACUUAUGGAAUGCAUGUUAUUAUAUUGUAAGUACAACUAUAACGGCGUCGGAUUUACCAUUUUGACAGAGUCGUGGUAAACUCAUAUAAUACUGUAUUUUGAAAGAUCUGACACGGUGACAGAUUAUCCCCAUGUUUUGUACAAGGGAAAGUGUCACUUUUAAGGCCACAGAGUCAAGAAAAAUCAUAAAAUUGAGAUGCUUGUAUGAUAUCAGUACUUAUCGAUUUACAAGAUUUGUCGAUGUCUUCUCGUUGGCCUAACUUAAUUUCUUAUGUCGUGUCGAUUGUACAAGUUAGAUUUAGGUCACUCACGCGAUAGUCACAAUGGUUUAUAUACCUCAUUUAUUAAUAUAGACUUAUAUCGUUAAGGGUUACAUAUUUAAUUUAUCAUAGCUUAGAUUUUCUACUUGCGCGACUAGGGCUUAUUUAGAUGAUGCGAGAAUAAGCGCCGUCUAAAUCAGUCCUUAUUAUGAAAAUCGUGUUCGAUUAUAAAACGAAUGGGCUCGUUUUAAACUGGGUGAUAUCGGGUUUGAACGAUCUAAGACCUACUUGAUAACGUUAUCAGUUUUAAAAUACGAACUCAAUUCAAGUAGCUACCUUUUUCUUGCGUAGAAAGUGACCAAGGUCCUGUGAAUGUUUUAAACUAAUCAGCCAAAUCGCGUAUAAAACUUAGUGGACUUUUUGCACUAAGAGGUGUACUGAAAAGUGAAAAUACUAAUCAUGGAGGGCAAUGACCUCGAACCAUAACUGCCAUUUAAGACUGUUAAUGCUAGAGUGAGACAGACACACACAGAAUUUGUUGCGGUUUCGCUCCUUUCGUUGAAAUGUGCAUUUUUUUAAUGAAUUAAUUAAAUGUAUUCAUUUGUGUCUUUGGUCAUUUUAGCGCACAAGUAAUAAUAUUGCAGCCAGUGGCGGAUUUGCCCUAAGGCACAGUAGGCCCGGGCCUAGGGCGGCAAGAUAUUUAGGGGUGGCAAAUUAUGACAAAAAAUUCGCUGAUGGUAACAAGAAAUAACUCAAAAUGUAGUCAAUAUUAUGGGUGCCUUGAAAGGGGCGGCUACAGGGCCUGGGGCCUAGGGCGGCAAAGACGGCAAAUCCGCCACUGAUUGCAGCUGUGUUAGAUUUUCAUUAAGGUCUGUCCACCAUUUACCUUUUUGUAUAAGAAUUUGUCACAUAAAUUAAAAUUUAAUAAUUUGCUUUAAAUUAUCGGUCUAAAUAUCAUUAAAAAAAAUCAUUUGCUACAAUUUCUUGCCAAAGGAAUGUACAGUUCAUAAAGUGACUAUAUUUUGUUUUUCUAUCUCUUUGAAUGUUUAGGCCACUGUCAGACUGUAACUUUAAUUAAGAUUACAUACAUUAAUUGUAUACCCAUUACAAAUAUGUCUAGUGAAACUUGGAACAAGAAGAAAACUGAAUAUGUCUAUAAUAAUUUAUAUGUUAAAUGACGUAAAAAAUUAUUGGAGCUGGGUUUAUUUUGCUCUCAAUAUGGCCACAUUAUAGAUAAAUCAAAUAAAUGCCAGUCACAUAGCAAUGUAUUAAAUCCAUAAAAAUAAUGACAGUCGGCUUAAAUCUCCAAAACAGUCUCGUAAGUACAUGAUCAAUAUGCGCCUAUGAAGGUAUGUACAGUAUUAUUAGCUUUACUAAGUUUAGAUAUUAACUAUAGGACUGAAUCAGAAAUUGUGACGUCAAUUUCUGUAUUUUGAAAAUUCACAUAAUUUUUGUUGCAAUUUUCAACCAUAUUUACUUACAGAAUUCUCUAAUUCAUAUCUUAGCGUUUAUCCCUGUUUCAUUUUCAACCUAAAGGUGCGUCCACACUGCAGUUUACUUUUGCUGGGCAACACGGUAACGUUAUGAAACUUAUAGUUCGUUUUUUUUAGCAUUAGAAAUAAGGUAAACAAUCUUGAUGGGUCUUUUAAUUGAAAAUCACAUUUUAAAAAUAAGUUACGGCUAAUAUGUAACAAUUAUGAAUCUAAUACGUUUAUUUAUAUUCUUCUGCUUUCAUAAAUAAUAGUUUUUGAUUUUUAAAAAGCGUUUUUCAAUUAAAAGACCAGUCAAGAUCGCUUACCUUCUUGCAAGUUCUUUCUAAUGCUAAAAAAACGAACUA